UACCAGACUCAAAUACGUCUACUCCAAAAUCUUUACCCGCAGUUACUAAAGAACCAUCAUUAUUCGAAGACCCGGAGGAAAUGACUGCCGAGUGGGAAGACAAUGACAAGAUCCAGCAAAACGCAGGCAGCGAUUUGGAUGACGAUCUGCUGGAUACAGGCACCGUUAACAUUGGCGAACACCGGCACAGGAAUGUCAACGAUUAUCCAGCAGAUUUGUCAGAUAUAUCUUCUGAGCAUCUGCACCAAUUGCACCUGUUAGAUGCUGAAGACGAUUCUGCAUUACGGGACAUAGCAGAUAAUGAAGACUUGCUGCAUUUUGCCUGGAGCAGCGACCCCCAAGUCUUUACCGGAACCAGAGAAGAUUUCCAUGGUCCAUCGGGCCCAACAUUCCUAGUGGAGGGUGCCACCCCACUCGACAUUUUCGAGAAGAUUUGGGACGAAGCUAUUAUAGAGCAUAUUAUAAAGGAGACCAAUAGAUAUGCCUUCCAACUUUUUAGUCAGACAAAUUUAACGCCGCAGUCCAGGAUAAGACGGUGGACUGACAUCACGCGAGACGAACUAUGGGCCUUCUUUGGGAUAAUAAUGUUACACAGCUUUGUCCCAAAUCCCGUCGAAAAAGAGUAUUGGUAUCCUCUACUGCCCGAUCUUCAGAUCGGCAACUUUAAAAACAGAAUGUCCUUCAGACGGUUCUGUUUAAUUAAGAAAUGUCUGCAUUUCGUAGACAACACUUCGAUAGCUGAGCCCUCUACACGUGAACAAAAAAAACUUACGAAAAUUCAGCCCAUACUGAAUCAUUUGAAUGAUAAAUUUAGCAGUUUAUACCUACCCGAGCAGAACAUAGCGAUCGAUGAGUCUCUCCUUCUUUGGAAAGGGAGACUCUCGUUCUCCCAACUCAUCGCCAACAAAGCUGCUCGGGUAGGCGUAAAAAGCUAUGAGUUGUGCGAGUCCCGAACAGGGUAUCUGUGGAAGAUGGAGGUGUACGCUGGAAAGAGCUGCGAUCCAUCAGAAAGUGUAGACCCGCAAAGGGGGACGAACGAACCUGAGGGGGCCACGUCCCAAAUCGUGUAUCGCCUUGUUCGUCCUCUUUUAGAUAAAGGAAAAUUUUUUUUUACUGAUGGACAACUUUUAUAA